CGUAAGGAUACGAACGAGUUCAAUAUGGAACGAAUGAACAGAUUACAUUGACAUUGUACCUCUGGCAAAUGACGUGUUUCGUUCAAAUUCAAGUUCUUCCAUUCUUCACCAGAAAUUGUUCGUUUCAAAAAUCUAGAGAGAAUUGAGAACGAGAUGAGAACAUCGAGAUAAAGAAUCGAACGGACCUUAACGUCUCUCUCGUAAGAUAAAUCCAUGGUAUGCGCAAUUCUGGAAUUGAAGUAGCCUUAAAAUUAUAUAGCGCAAAGACACGGGUAUACGAUACGAUUCCCUUCAUCGAUAACACGAUCGAAUCGAUAAUCAGGAAACGAAUUAACAUCAAUUAGAACGAACUUUACAAGUUUAACCGAAUCGAUAGGAGCCACUCCUUGAGCUGAAGUACAUCAUUCUCUGGCGAACGUACAAAUCGCGCGAUACGACCGUUUUCCAAUCAGUGUAAUCGGUUUAAUCAUUUACGCGGCGCUGUACUACACUCUACUUAAUUCUAUGCGACUACUUCAAGUCCAACCUUGGCACGGCUGCUGUCUACGGCCCCUAAUUCAACGAUGCAGAAUUUGUUUAUUGUUGAAAUGGAGGAACAUCAGAAAACAUUGAGAAAAACGUUUGCAGGGGAAGAAGAUACUCUGUGUAUCUUCGUAUUAAUAAAUAAAAUUAUGGAUAUUUGGAUGGCAGUAGGACGGUGUUGAGCGGGUUCAAGCGUUGGAGCUAGUGCGGAGGGGCAUCUAUCAUUUCACGACCCAUUAAAAAUUUAACGCGAGGUGGAGAAAUGGCGGGUUAUGGAACGCUUGAUUUUAAUAAAAAUCCCGGACAUCGGGUAAAAAUGCCAUCGAUCUUUCGUGGAUUGGUAGAGAUACACCACGUGAAAAGCGAAAUUACAUAAUAUCGACCGAUGUUUGGUAAAUUUGACGUUCCAAUGCUUGAUAAUUAUCAAACGGAUAAUUUAUGAAUGAAGGAAUAAAAAUGGAUGAAUGAUAAUUAAAUGAAUGGAUAGAAUAGAUUAUUUAUAUUUCUUGUAUUAUUGCGUUAAUAUUAUUCCAAUUACACGGAAUUUCUUGUACACUCGAAAAAAUUCAAACAAGAUAUAGAUAGAGGAUUGUGCGUGCACUUGAGAAUCGAAUCGUUGACAAAUAAGCUUUCGAAGAAUCUGUUUGAAAGAGAUAACGCGUAUCAAUUGAUAUAGCAAUAUCAAAUUCCGAUUGGCAUGAAUUAUAUACGGUUUAUUAUUACGGUACAGUUCGUACAAUUGUUGCAUACAGUUUGUCAUGAGUAAUUUUUGGACUCGUUUUAAAAAUUUUUUCUCAACCGAUCAUAUCCUUGACGAGGAGACGAUCGCCACUUACGUAGAGUUAACAUAUUUGAAGAAGAAUGAAAUACAGCACGUAAUCAAUCUGCUCGACAAUGUAAAUCCUGGGAAACUUCGUCAGAAUCCUCAUCAUCGGUUCACCAUUGAGGAAAUCGAGACAAUAUUGCCGCAACUUCAAUGCAGUCCAUUUCGUGACUCCAUAUACCGAGUAUUCUCUUCGAAGAAAGACAAACGAUUAAGCUUGGAAGAUGUUCUGGACUUGUGCUCGGCCUUCUCUGAAUAUUGCCCUGACAAUGUUCGCGCCACUUGGGCGUUUUACGUGUUUGAUUUGAACGGCGAUGGUGAAAUCUCGUCGAAUGAUUUAAUCGAAACUGUGCAGAGGCUGAUGUGGCCCCAGAACGAGUACGGGGGCAUUGAUACGGCCGAGGCGGAACACGUCGCGCGAAUAAUACUUCAAGAGAUGGUGUUCAAUCGACAGGGAAGCAUUUCCUGCGAAGAAUUUAUACGUUUCUCGUCGAGAAUUUCAGAAUUCUGGUCAUCGUUUCGUUUUAAAAUUUAAUUACGCUUACAUCAUGUAAUUUAUUUCUGUAAUUUCGAUAUUCGUAUCAAAGCAAACGAAUAACUUUAUACCUGGAAUUUCGUACGCGUCCAUAUCACGUAUUACAUAAUUAACUAACAAUUAUGUAACAGUUUCAAAAAGGUAUUGUCGCGAAUUAAUUCCAUUCGAAUCGGGAUUAUCGUUUAUUUUUGAUACAAGGAUGGAUCUAUGCACCGAUCCCUGGGCUCGAUGCGAAUUUUUCGAGAAAGUUGUUUUUCAAAAAACAUUUUACACUUUAUACCUUUUCUUCUAUUGGCAAUCGUCCACAUCUAGGACGUGAAAACAGCCUUUCGAAUUUGAGAACGAAAAAAUAUUUUUCUUUAAUAUCUCGUCAAUUUGACUAUGAAAAUUAUAUAUUUUUCAAUGAUAAAUAUAACUAUGUAUAUUUCUAAAACAUUCUAACAAGUUUUUCUAUUAUAGUAUAAUUUUCUUUUAAUUGUACUUAAUCUAACUAUCUUAAAUUGACGAUAAAAUAAAUCUGUAUGACGAUAAAAUAAAUGUCUAGCUGCGAUUAAUAGUGAGAUAGAUAAAAAAGAGAUUAAUAAAUUUGUUGCUCAAAGAAUACAUAUAUUUAUAUAAACGAAA